GGAAGCAGCAGCAUGCCACCACAAACCUGGGGAGGGUCCGUGUGUCAAGGGUAAGGGCGACAGAUGUCGGACCCAGGGAACUCUGCCACAAGACGAUGGCGGCCCUUUGGCGAGCUUCUGUGUUGCUGGUUCUGUUUCUCACAGCUUCUCUGCUCCCGCCGCAGUGUGCCCAGGACCCAGCCAUGGUGCAUUACAUCUACCAGCGCUUUCGAGUCUUGGAGCAAGGGCUGGAGAAAUGUACUGAAGCAACGAGGGCAUACAUCCAAGACUUCCAAGAGUUCUCAAAAAACAUAUCCGCUAUGCUGGGGAGAUGUCAGACCUACACAAAUGAGUACAAGAGUGCAGUAAAUAACUUGGCACUGAGAGUCGAACGUGCUCAACGGGAGAUUGACUACCUGGAGUACCUUCGAGAAUCUGAUGUGUGCGUAGAAUCAGAGGACAAAACACUGGCAGAAGAGCUACUUCAAGAAGCUGAAGAAGAGAAAAAGAUCCGGACUCUGCUGAAUGCAAGCUGUGACAACAUGCUCAUGGGCAUAAAGUCUCUGAAAAUAGUGAAGAGGACGAUAGAUACACAUGGCUCUUGGAUGAAAGAUGCUAACAGUAACUCUCCAAAGGUGUAUUUUUUAAGUGGAUCCAGAAACAACGUUGUCUGGGAAUUUGCAAACAUGCACGCAUUCAUGGAGGAUAACACCAAGCCAGCUCCCCGGAAGCUAAUUCUAACACUUUCCUGGCAGGGAACAGGCCAAGUGAUCUACAAAGGUUUUCUAUUUUUUCACAAUCAAGGGACUGCUAAUGAGAUAAUCAAAUAUAAUCUGCAGAAGAGGACUGUGGUAGACCGAAUGCUGCUCCCAGGAGGGGUGGGCCGAGCACUGGUCUACCAGCACUCCCCCUCAACUUACAUUGACCUAGCUGUGGACGAGCAUGGGCUCUGGGCCAUCCACUCAGGGCCAGGCACCUAUGGCCAUUUGGUUCUCACGAAAAUUGAGCUGGACACGCUGGGAGUGGAGCACUCAUGGGACACUCCAUGCAGAAGCCAGGAUGCCGAAGCCUCAUUCCUUCUGUGCGGGGUUCUGUACGUGGUCUACAGUUCUGGCGGCCAGGGACCUCACCGCAUCACCUGCGUCUAUGAUCCACUGGGAACUAUCAGUGAGGAGGACCUGCCCAACUUGUUCUUCCCCAGGAGGCCAAGAAGUCACUCCAUGAUCCAUUACAACCCCAGAGAUAAGCAGCUCUAUGCCUGGAAUGAAGGAAACCAGAUCAUUUACAAACUCCAGACAAAGAGAAAGGUGCCUCGAGAGUGAUGUAUUAGAGCCAGAGCACCGAUGCUUUGGCAGCUGCUUUCCAGAACACUGAGGCCACAUGGCCCCUUCACGGUGUAACAUCCCUCUAAUCACACACAGAAAUUGGGUCUCGAUGCAUCCUUUCCCAGAUGUCACUGCCUUAGGUGUCUUCCA